CAGUUUGCAAAGCAGUAAGUCAAUCUCCAAUUUGCUCCCAGCAGUAGCUGGAAUACUACAGAGAGACUGUAGUAAACUUACCAAAGGAGUUGGCAUCAAGGGUUUCAUCUGUGAUCAAGAUGGGCAAUGAGCAUUCCAAAAACAAAGGACAUACCAAAGACAAGUCCGAGCAGGCUCUGGACAAGCACCCGGAAAGAGAAGUGAAUAGCCAUGCUGUAAGCAUCUUGUACGAUGGCCUGGAGAAUAGUGAUACCAGUGAAGCAGCUGUGGAGCAGAACAGUCAGCCUUCCUCACGGCUUCCCGCUAAAGAGCCAGGUAUAGUGGAGGCUAACGGCAGUGGUUGUGCGCCUGUGGUGGUGGAACAGGAGCCUGUCAUUGAGAAUGUUCCAGAACCGGAACCAAACCACCAAAAGAAGGAGCCCAAGGAGAGUUCAAAAGAAAGAAUGAACAUAUUUGACAACCUCUUCAAGAAGAAAGCUACACCUCAACUCAACCCUGAUCCAGCCCCUGAAAAGGAGGAGCCCAUAAAGGAGAAAACUGUGGAGGAGAGUAAGAGUUCCCCGGAAGUCUCUGUAACGGUGACUGAUGGGAUCCACGCUGAGGCAAGCGAAGUCUUGAUGGCUGCACAUUUGUUUCCAAAACAACUGGCAGUCAGAUUCUCAUUUCCGGAGGCAGUGUCUGAACUUUCAUCACAGCUGGAUUUUCUUACGGCAGACAGCAUUCAAAUCACCACUGAAAGCUCUGAAGAGCAGCCAGUAACCACUGAAGAGCAGCCUACAGAGGAAAGUGUCAGCCCACCUGAAGAGGAAACAACAGAACCGGUCUUUGGUGAAGAACCCACAGAGGAUACAACUGUGGAGAAGAGCCCCGUACCCAAAGAAGAGCUGGGAGAAAUUGCAGAUGUUCUUGAAAAUGAAGCUGCUAUAUACUCAGCAAUCGCUGCAGAACUAGAAGAGCUGGAAGAAAUUGCAGAUGCUCUUGAAAAUGAAGCUGCUGUAGACUCAGCAAUCGCUGCAGAACUAGAAGAGCUGGAAGAAAUUUCAGAUGUUCUUGAAAAUGAAGCUGCUAUAUACUCAGCAAUCGCUGAAGAACUAGAAGAGCUGGAAGAAAUUGCAGAUGUUCUUGAAGAUGUAGCUGCUAUAGAGUCAGAAGAACUUGAAUCUAGCCCCAGUGCUAAAGAGACGACUGAGAAAAACAGGAAGAACGAUGAAGGGAAAGAAACAAGCAUCUCAUCAUCGAGGUUGCUCGGCCAGCUGCAAUCCGCAUGUAUGGAAAUCAUUAAAGAAUCAGUAUAUAGCCCUGUUCGUGUCUGUACUGAGAUGUCUGCAGAGGGCUGCGGCACUAUUAACAUUACAAUUCAGGUCAGUCUGAGGCAGAGAGGGGAUUUGAAAUGUGAGGAUGAGACUUCCGCUGAAACAGCAUUGGAUAUGGAGUAAUUUACAGCUGAGGAGCAGGAUCCUCUUCAAAGAAUCUAGAUUCCGUGAAUAAAUUAUUUGACACUGUGAAUACCUACAAAAGGAGACUGAUUGCAGUACUAGUAUUAUAAUUGUUUUACUAAUCUGACAUGGUUAUAUGAUUGUAUGGUUUAUUAUACUGAACAAAAAUAUAAACUCAACAUGUAAAGUGUUGGUCCCAUGUUUCAUGAGCUGAAAUAAAAGAUCCCAGAAAUGUUCCAAACGCCCAAAAAGCUUAUUUCUCUCAGAUUUUGUGCACACAUUUGUUUAGAGAAUUUGGCAGUACUCGCAACCGCAGACCACCUGUACGGCAUUGUGUGGGCGAGUGGUUUGCUGAUGUCAACAUUGUGAACAGAGUGCCCCAUGGAGGCGUUGGGGCUAUGGUAUGUUUUGUUUACAUCCCUGUAAGUGAGCAUUUCUCCUAUGCCAAGAUAAUCCAUCCACCAGACAGGUGUGGCAUAUCAAGAAGCUGAUUAAACAUCAUGAUCAUUACACAGAUGCAUGUUGUGCUGGGGACAAUUAAAGGCCACUCUAAAAUGUGCAGAUUUGUCACACAACACAAUGCCACAGAUGUCUCAUGUUUUGAGGGAGCGAGCAAUUGUCAUUCUGACUGCAGGAAUGUCCACCAGAGCUGUUGCCAGAGAAUUGAAUGUUCAUUUCUCCACCGUAAGCAUUCUCCAACGUUGUUUUUGAGAAUUUGACAGUACAUCCAACCGGCCUCUCAACCGCAGACUAUGUGUAACCACGCCAGCCCAGGACCUCCACAUCUGGCUUCUUCACCUGCAGGUUUGCACAACAAAAGUAUUGCUGCACAAACUGUCUGCACAGAAACCGUCUCGGGGAAGCUCAUCUGCGUGCUUGUCGUUCUCCCCCGGGUCUCGUCGUCCUCCUCAGGGUCUUGACCUGACUGCAGUUCGACGUUGUAACCGACUUCAGUGGGAAAAUGCUCACCUUCGAUGGCCACUGGCACGCUGGAGAAGUGUGCACUUCACCGAUGAAUCCUGGUUUCAACUGUACAGGGCAAAUGGCAGACAGGGUGUAUGGCAUCAUGUGGGUGAGUGGUUUGCUCUUGUCAACGUUUUGAACAGAAUUUCCCAUGGUGGCGGUGGGGUUAUGGUGUGAGCAGGCAUAAACUACGGACAACGAACACAAUUGUAUUUCAUUGUUGGAAAUUUAUAUGCACAGAGACACCGUGAUGAAAUCCUGGGGGCCAUUGUCGUGCCAUUCAUCUGCCACCAUCACCUCAUCUGCCACCAUCACCUCAUGUUCCAGCAUGAUAAUGCGCAAGGAGCUGUAGACAAUUCCUGAAAUCUGCAAAUCUUCCAGUUCUUCUAUGGCCUGCAUACUCACCAGACAUGUAACCCAUUGAGCAUGCUUGGGAUGAUCUGGAUCAACAACAUUCCACAGACCACAAUCAAUAGCCAGAUAAACUCCAUGCGAAGGAGAUGUGUGAGGCAAAUGAUGCCCACACCAGAUACUGACUGGUUUCCAAUCCAUACGCAUACCUUUUUUUAAAGGUAUCUGUGACCAACAGAUGUAUAUCUGUAUUCCUAGUCAUGAAGUCCAUAGAUUAGGGCCUAGUUCAUUUAUUUCAAUUGACUGAUUUCCUUAUAUGAACUGUAACAGUAAAAUCUUUGAAAUUGUUGCAUGUUGGGCUUUAUAUUUUUGUUGU